AAAUAAGCCAUGAAAUUCGUUUUUUAUUUGUAUCCAAAAACUCGUUUCGACAUCCAAUCAAACUUUCGACGUGACGUGUAAAAAUUUUUAUUUUCCCGCUAAACACCCAUCAGUCACCAUGGGCAGCUCCAACUCCAACUCCAGCAUCCAAAUUUCACCCUCUUCCUCAGAGACACCCACGCCUUAGCUCUCUCCCCCACCACACUCCACAUGGCGCGAGAGGAGGAGAACAGCCAUGCUCCCGCGACCAGAUCCGCCGAUGCUUCUGCGCGCCGGCAGGACGACGGCGAUCUUACAUCUAAACAGGAUGCUGUGAGAAUAUCGUUGAGAAUACCGGAUCAGGAGAUGCGUCCAUGGGAGAGGUCGUCGGAGGAAUUCCUGACCUGCUGGUCCUCGCUGUCGGAGUCGACCGACGAGGAGACGACGAGGACGACCAGCGAGUCCAUGUUCUACAUCCGGCUGGACGGGAGGGUUAGGAGGAAGGUCCGGUCGUGGAGUCGGGGCCGUUUCCUGGGGCGUGGAUCUUUCGGGAUGGUCUUCGAGGGCAUCACCAAGUAAUUCGAGGGCAUCCGUUCCCAUGGAUGAAAGAUUUCUGAUUACUCGAUGAACACUUUGGAUUGGCUGCACAUGUGCUUAGCUUGCACACGGAAUUUUUGGAGCGUAUAAAGUAAAUUGUCCGUAUAUUUUUGUUUAGCAUAGAUUUUCAGGUGUAACAUUUCAGAGGUAAAAGGGUAGAU